GUUAUCGACUAAAACAUCUGAUAUCUUAUUUUCAUGAAGUACACCGUGCACGAUGGCGGACAGGCUGACACAGUUGCAGGAUGCUGUGAAUCAGCAAGCUGACAACUUCUGUAACAGUAUUGGUAUUUUACAACAAUGUGCUCAACCAAGUCCAUUCCCAAACUUUGAAAAACCAAGUGGAAAGUCAUCACCCGUUCCCCCUCAGGAUGAUUACGCAGUAUUGUUCUCGAAGCUGAUAGCCCGCACAGCCAAGGACAUCGAUGUCCUCAUUGACUCGCUGCCCAAUGAAGACUCCUCCUAUGAUCUGCAGACAGCUAGUCUAAGGAAGUUAGAGGUUGAGAACCAAGACGCAGCGCGGAAGUUGGAGGACGUUGUACAUCGGGGCGAGGUGCUGCUGAAGCAGAUACAGCAGGCCCUGCAUGACAUCGCACAGGCGCAGCUGUCGUGUCAGGCCAUGGAGACCACGUGACGUGUGGCGAUAUUUCCAGGUCGGGGCGCCACGUGAUGCAGGAUGCUGGUCAUCGGGAACAUUUACAGUAUGAGUGACACUGCCAUGUCUUACAGUACUUGGUGAAAGAACUGUUUUUGAAGAUAUUCAUCUUGACUGGCAAAAAUGUGGAUUCAAGGCUACAUUUUUAGAUUAUCAUAGGUCAACGUAUGAAAACUCUUCACAGUUUCAAAGUCGAAUGCAGCGGAACUGAACAUUUGUUGAUGUUGAUAAAUCCAGUCACUCAGAGAAAAUAGUGAAAAUACUGCCAUUUUCAUAUCAUGAAUGUGUGUAUUUUUUAUUUGAAGGAAAUUUGAAUAUUCCGAGUGGCUUCCAAAGUAACAUGGUGGAUCUCUGUACAUGUUGGAAGAUAGUAAAUAGAACUUUCUCAAAUGAUAUUCUGUAAAUGAUUAGAAUUUAUGAAAAUAAAAUUUAGGUGAGAAUGUCUUUCCA